UUUACAUAGUUACAGAUCCUACGGUGCAAAAAUAACUUUCCAUGGUGGGAGACCAAGCCUGCAACAAAACUAAACAGGGAACAGAAAGUGGUGGAUUCGAUCCAUUGCUGCGCAAACAAACCCAAUCCCCAACUUCUGCUCAUAGAUUCUAAAGAGAAAAGUCAUCUUUCUAUUGCGGGAUACUGAUUGCAAUCUUGUGGUUCGAUUUGAGCAACUAAAACAGGAUUGAAGUCUAUAUUAACUUCACUCAAUCCCUUCAAGAAGUCACUGGAAGAAGUGAUAGCACCGCUCGGAUGAAUAACGUAGGGACACUCAAGUCUUCAAGUUCUGAAUUGGAUCUUGAUCGACCCAACAUUGAGGAUUACCUCCCUUCUGGAUCCACCAUUCAACAAGAACCUCAUGGAAAGCUUCUCCUGCAUGAUUUGCUUGACAUUUCUCCUACUUUGUCUGAGGCAGCAGGUGCUAUUGUAGAUGACUCAUUUACAAGAUGCUUCAAGUCAAAUCCUCCCGAACCAUGGAAUUGGAAUGUUUAUUUGUUCCCUUUAUGGUGUUUUGGAGUUGUGAUUCGAUACUUGAUUCUGUUCCCUAUCAGGGUUCUAGGGUUAACAUUAGGAUGGAUAAUAUUUCUUUCAUCCUUCAUUCCGGUGCACUUCCUAUUGAAAGGACAUGACAAGUUACGGAGAAGUAUUGAGAGGUCUUUGGUAGAAAUGAUGUGCAGUUUCUUUGUUGCAUCUUGGACUGGGGUUGUUAAGUAUCAUGGACCAAGGCCAAGUAGGCGACCAAAGCAGGUUUUUGUGGCCAACCAUACUUCCAUGAUUGAUUUCAUUAUCUUAGAACAGAUGACUGCUUUUGCUGUUAUUAUGCAGAAGCAUCCUGGAUGGGUUGGAUUAUUGCAAAGUACCAUUUUGGAGAGUCUAGGAUGCAUCUGGUUCAACCGCACAGAGUCAAAGGAUCGGGAAAUUGUAGCAAAGAAAUUGAGGGACCAUGUCCAGGGAGCUGAUAACAACCCCCUUCUCAUAUUUCCUGAAGGAACUUGUGUAAAUAAUCAUUAUACAGUCAUGUUCAAGAAGGGUGCAUUUGAACUUGGCUGCACAGUUUGCCCGGUUGCAAUCAAGUACAAUAAAAUUUUUGUAGAUGCUUUUUGGAAUAGUCGAAAGCAAUCAUUCACUACGCAUCUGUUGCAGCUAAUGACAUCUUGGGCUGUUGUUUGUGAUGUAUGGUACUUGGAACCGCAAAAUUUGAAGCCAGGAGAGACGCCUAUUGAGUUUGCAGAGAGGGUGAGAGGCAUAAUCUCAGUUCGUGCUGGCCUUAAAAAGGUUCCUUGGGAUGGAUAUCUGAAGUAUUCUCGUCCUAGCCCAAAGCACAGGGAAAGGAAGCAACAGAACUUUGCCGAGUCAGUGCUGCGGCGAUUGGAGGAAAAGUGAUGUGUACCUCUGUGUAUAUCGUUCUUAGUUAUGCUAUUCUCCAACACCUCCUCCCCCCCUGUUUUUUUUCAAUGCUGCUAUUUAUGUUUACAUUUAUUCAGACAUGCAUAUAUCACUCAUUAACAAAGUUGUCCAAUAAAUUUUUCCUUGGAUGGUCGCUGUCUUGUACUAACUGGUGAGAGCAAGAUUUUUUUAGGAUGAAAAUUUUUGCAGUGGUUC